GGUGCUGGUGGUGCUUCGGUUCAGUUUCUUUUUCUUUUGUUCUUUGAUUCUGAGUACAUGAGAGUCUGUUUCCCUUGCUGAAGCUUGUCAAUUCUUUUCAUGGCUGUUUGGUAACAUCACAGGUUACAUAUACAUAAUAUGGGUAUAAUAUCUGUCCCAAAAAGUAAAGCUCAUAGAUGGACUCACCCUACAGGUCUCUCUAUGCAUUCUUGACGACAGGGAGUGAGUGCACAAGGAAAGAGACAGGAAACAUUUCAAGAACACAAAUGUGCGAGGCCGAGCAUCCCGACCCCGAAGGAAUCGACGAGGCGCCGGUUCAACCCAGAAGGGACACACAUGAACGGUGACGAGGAAGGAGGGACCGACGGGGCAAUCGAUUGCGUCACCCAUUGCUGUCCCCGUUGUGAGAGGAUGCGGCCGAUUGGUUAUCUCGAUUGGGACGCACAUGAUUCCUAUGGUGGUGGCGGCCGCGUACGUCAAGCACCGGGGUGGGCGUUUCUUCGGUCCGGAAGAUGGCAAAUCGAAGGUCAUCUAAAAGAUCAUAUUUAGAAUUCUUAGAUGGAAAUGAUGAUGGUGAUUCUAAAGUAUACAGAUUUCAAAUUCUCCUGCCGAAUGGUGCAAGUGUACGGCUUAUAUUUAAUGAUCUAGGGGAAGAUAUGUUCUUGGAUGAGUUUAUACACAUCAUCAGAAAGGAACUUGAAAAAACUGCAGAAACAACAACAAAAGCUAGUCGAAAGAUUUUCUGGAAUGGAAACAUCUAUCUGGAGGAUAUGUCUGACAACAAGAUUAGAAAGAAAAUCUCUUUUAGCCAUUUUCGCACUAACAAAUGUCACAUACUAAGGCUUCAUGAUGAGGGAGGUGAAUCUCUUGAUACUUACCAUAACAUGUGGGAUCUGACACCACAUACUGAUCUGCUAGCAGAACUUCCAGCAGAAUAUACCUUUGAAACUGCUCUAGCUGACUUGCUUGAUAAUUCUUUGCAAGCUGUAUGGUCUAAUGGCUCUGGUGAAAGGAGGCUAGUUAGAGUGACAGUUGAUGAGCAAAAAAUCGAAAUUUUUGAUAGUGGCCAGGGGAUGGAUGGUAGUGAGGAGAACUGUAUCACAAAGUGGGGAAAGAUGGGUUCUUCUAAGCAUAGGGCUUGUAGAAGCAAGGCCAUUGGUACUAAAGCUCCAUAUUUAAUGCCUUUCUUUGGCAUGUUUGGUUAUGGUGGGCCAAUUGCCACUAUGCAUUUGGGAAGGCAUGCUACUGUGUCAUCAAAAACUAAAGGUUCAAGGAAGGUGUAUUCUCUAUAUUUUUCAAGAGAGGCUUUGUUAAACCAAUCAACACCGAAAUGUAUCUGGCGGACUGAUGGGGGUGUGAGGGAACCUUUAGAUGAGGAAACUCAAACAUCACCUCAUGGGAGUUUCACCCAGGUGGUGAUUAGGGAUCUUAAACUAAGGUGCUUGGACAUAUAUAAACUUCAGUGCUUCUUGAAAGAUAUUUAUUUUCCAUAUAUACAGUGUGAUACAGAGUACACUUCACGAAAAACAGCUAUGCCAAUUGAGUUCGAGGUGAAUGACAUUAACCUUGCUGAAAUUCAAGGAGGAGAGGUGGCAAUUACUAAUUUACUCUCUUGUAAUGGUCCUGAUUUCAUCAUGCAACUAAGGUUCAUGAUUAAAUCAGAAAAUCCAGGAUCAUUAGGUUUUCAAGAAGCCAAUGCACAAUUGAAGUGUGUUUACUUUCCUAUUGUUGAGGGGAAAGAGAACAUUGAGCGAAUUCUUGAGAAGCUUGUUCAAGAUGGUUACGAAAUUAAAGAAAAUUUCGACGCCUUUUCUCGUGUAUCAAUACGUAGGCUUGGUCGUCUCCUUCCAGAUUCCAGAUGGAAUACUCUUCCUUUCAUGGAAACUAAACAAAGAAGGGGAGAUAAAGCUCAUUUAUUAAAGAGAUGCUGCAAAAGGGUGAAAUGCUUUGUUGAGACAGAUGCUGGUUUUUCUCCUACUCCUUCUAAGACUGAUUUGGCACAUCAUCACCCUUUUACUCGUGCAUUGAGGAACUUUGGCAACAUUCUUUGUGGAAAAGAAUCAGAGGUAACCAUUGAGAUACUCAAAGAUGGAAAACACUCCAGUAUUUUACAAUUAGAGAAGGAAUAUCGAGAUUGGGUAAUUCAGAUGCAUGAUAGAUAUGAUGAAGAAAUCAAUUGUGGUGAGGAUGAACCUGUACAUAUUAUUGGCCCUCAAAACAAGAAACAACUUGGUAUAACUGCUGAUGUUGUGAGAGUGCACCAAGCUAUAAAGAGAAGAGGCAUAAUAUGGGAGUCAGGACAAAAGGUUAAAAUUUUUAAAGGUGCAACUGGAUGUUUGAAAAAGAAUUUGUAUGCAACUCUAGAAUACAUUUUAAUAGAAGGAUUUCAAGGUGAUGUGGGUGGUAAGUACUUCAUACUGUUAAUCCCUGUGCUUUUCUCUCUCCAUUUUUCUUUUGAAAAUAUAGUUUUAUAUUAUAACUCAUGUUGUGUAAUAUUUUCCACAGGUGAUGCACGACUAAUUUGCAGGCCACUGGAUUGUUCUGAUGAAAAAGGCUGCUCGAUUUUGGUGGAUAAUGGAAAUGCAAGCUUGGAUAUGCAUGAUUCUCUAUCUUUUCCAAUAAGUCUAAUUGAUUCUGAAAAUAUUCAAGCAAUUGACCUUGCUACAUGGAAUUGCCAAGUUGAGAAGCAUAAAGGGAGACUUCCUUCCAGAAUCGACAUAAUAGCUGGUCAACAGUGUAGCCUGUUAGGGAUCAGUGGGGAACUACCUAUGGAAGCUCCUGUGGUUGCUGGUUUUACUCCUCCUAGAGAAAUUGUUGCUGUUAUUAGACCUGCAAAUUUUAGCUCUUCGAUGGCCUCCAAAGGCCUAGAUCAGAAGAAUAUCGUGAAGAAUGAGUUUGAGAUGACCUUGAAAAUUAGUCAUAAAUGUAGAGCUAAGCAGAAUGAACAGAUGACACUUGCCCAUACAAAAAGUGUUAAACCUUCAUCACAUACUGGCAUCAGUGGAUUAUAUAUAUUUGGGUUGCAAGAUAUAUGUUCGAAACUAUUUUAUAAAGCCGGAAUUUAUAUAUUCACCUUCUUUGUUAAUUGUAAAAAUACCAAUAUCAAACACCUAGAAGCACGAGUAGUUGUGAAGCCUGACACAAAGGUUUGCAAGUGGCGAUUUGUGUUUGAUGAAUGGGGCCCUUUCACUGAUAAGCAACUACUUUCUACUAGGGUUGGUUCCUAUAUUUCGUAUCUUUCUGUUGUGUGUCUUGAUCGGUACUCAAAUCAAAUUCCAUUUUCAAGUAUACCUGAAGCUACGAUAAAAAUAUUUGUGGAAGAAUGUAUGCUUCUCCAUGUUGACAAAAUGAAAAUGAUCCUUUCAUCUGAUCAGUUAUUGUUGGAAUUAAAGGAUAUAUUGAUUGAAAGCAGCAAGCUGGACAUGAUUCAGCCAAGUUAUGAAGCUGUGUUGGCGAUAUGUUCGCAAGAUGGUCUUUUCUCUGCUGAAAUUCCAUGUAAAGUCAUGCCUGGUACCUUAUCUUCCGUGAGGCUGCAAACUUCUCUCCAGGAAGGAGAAUAUUUGGUUCCAGAAGAAGUGAUUGAAGAACUUGUAUUAGAGAUGUUUGAUGCUUAUGGUAAUCAUAUUGAAGAAGGCGUGGAAGUGUUCAUCCACACUGAUGGGUUUUCCUUUCAAGACCACUUAGGUUAUAUUCGAAAGGUGAACUGCAAAGGAUGUAUCGAUCUUAGUGGCCUUCUAACUGUGUCAGCUAGUUUUGGUUCAUAUGCCCACCUUUCAGUUUCGUAUGAUAAGGAGAUUGUUUAUAAGAAGAAGUUCCAAGUUGCACAAAGGGAGUUGAGAGCUGUGUCUGGGGUCUCCGGCAUUCAUCCGAUAGGUUGUCAAUUGGAGAAUGUUAUAUUUGAAGUUUUUGAUCCUGAUGGACAAGUAGAUGAAAAAAUACAUGGUCAAUAUCACACACUUAGAAUAGUAUCAGAUUCAUUGAAAUUGGAUGAUACAAUUCAGUACACUUUCCAUCAUGGCCGGUGCACUGUGCCUUUUGUCCCAGUUCCCCGCAGACCAGGGCCUUUUUGCUUUUCGGCUUUUCAUACACGUUACCAUGAUCUUUGCACUGAUAUUGAGGUCAAUGUUUUGGAGGCUUCAAAGUUGGAGCUAUUUGCUGCAACAGAAUCAUAUGGGACAUUUCAAUCUCAGGUUUUAGAUCAUAUGGACUCAUCAAAGUGUCUCUCUCAUCAGAAGGACCUCCUAGUGAAGUACAUUUCUCAUCAUACUCAGAUUCUUGAUGAAAAAAUUACUGAAGUUGGAUUGAAGAUUGGAGAGCAUGAGAGGAAACUAAAGACACUGAAUGAUCAGAAGAUACAGGUUGAGCAAGAUAUUCAUGAUCUGCGAGUGUUCAUUGGACCUCAAUAUUUGAGCCAAAUUGAGUCUUUGAGUUCUUCAAGAGAGGAAAUCCUUAAACGAAUAGAACGAAAAGGUGAUACUGCCGCUGCUAUUUGCUGCUGUCUUUCUAAAGCUAUCCAGAAGCAAGAACCUUGGAAGUGCUUUACAAACUGUACGCAAGAUGUUGUUGGCCUUGUUGCUCUUCUUGGAAAUGUUAAUACUAGCAAAAAUAGUAGGAUGUUUUCACAGUUUUUGGGUGAAGAUAAUAUGCUUGCAAUUGUUUGCAAAUCUUAUGAAGCUGCAAGUAGAUUGGAGUAUUAUGAUGAGGCUGGAAAAAUUGAUCACCAGCAAGCUGUUCAUGGAGCUGCAGCUACACUCGGCAUUAACAUAAGUAGGAGAUUUCCUGUAAUAUGCCUCGAAGACAUAAGACCAUACCAAGGUCGAAUCAUGCCUAAUGAUCCUCAGAGGAGACUAUGUUUGUCAAAUCCAUUGUUGCAAUCUGGGGCAGUUCCUGCUGGAUUUUUAGGGUAUGCGGUGAACAUGAUCAACUUAGAUAUUCAUCACUGCAAUACAAAAACACUUUCAGGUCAUGGCCUUCGGGAAACCUUGUUCUAUCUGCUGUUUGGUGAAACUCAAGUAUAUCAGACUAGGGCGGACAUGAGACAAGCUAGGUCCUGUAUUAAGCAAGGAGCUAUUUCUCUGGAUGGUGGGAUUGUGAGGGCCAGCGGAUUUAUUUUACUUGGAGACUGUGAACCAGAUGUAAUGUUUCCUGUCAUUGGAACGCAAGCACAUAGAGCAUUUUCACAGGAUAUGGUAAUGAAUAUAAAGCAAAUGGAGGAGAAGAAGGGUCUUCUGACAGCAAUCCAACAAGAAAUAGUAAAAGAAUAUGAAGCCUACACAGAGGACAUGGCCAAGUUUAAAAAAAGAAGUGAUAGGUUACGUGAGUUAUUGACAGAAAGUUCUUCAACAACAAAUUUACUGGAGUGGAAAUGACCGCCCAUGGUGUAGUUCAUCUGUACGACUCUUGUCAUCGAGAUAGGCGUAUACUUGCAACGCCGUGACCAGGUGGUGCCGAUCUACCACUGCACCGUCUUUUGCUCACCGCCGACAUCUCUGAUAACGAAGACUAACCUGUCCACCCGAAAAAGCGAACACCUAAGCCGGGACACAAACGCGGAAGGUCGUUCGAGAGUCGGUGUCUUGCGCAGUCCCUUUAUACACGAUAAUACUAAUAAUAAUAAUCAUAAUGAUAAUCUCAGUUUAUAUUAGCAAAUAAAAAAGAAUUAUCUAUAUUCUUCUUUGUUAAACUGACUCAGUGUAAAUGGCAAGACUGUUCUUUUAAGUGAAAAC